AUCCUAUCCAUGCCCCCAGCAGGGAAGCCAUCACAGCCGAAGAAGAAGGCGAGUGCGUCUCGACGCAACACCUUUGACUUCAUUCUCAAGCAGGCCAAGCCCCUCCGCAAGGACCAGCAGCCCCCAGCCCCGGCGCCGCUGCCGCUAGCCACGGCGGUGCACCAUCCGCGGCACGAGGCGCGGCUGAGAGGCGUGCUGGGCGCUCUCUUCUGGGAGGCGAGCUCGCGAGCCAUCACCAACCAGAGCACCCCCAACACCUCCCUUGCAGCCCCCAGCAACCAACCAAACCCCCCCUCCUCUUCCCUCACCCCCACCCCCUCUCCCGCGGCCCCCACCAUCCCUGCCUCCACCGUCUCCUCCCUCCCUGCCACCCCCACUGCCAACCACUCCUCACUCGCCUCUCAACCCUCCUCACUCUCCCACACCCUCUCGCCCCUGGCCCCCUCCUCCUCCUCGCUCGAUCCCCUCUCCCUGCAUAAGUUUUCUGACCUUCCGGGCUCAGGCUUGGGAUUGCCAGGCUUCCAAGCCUUGCAGGGAGGCUCGGCAGCGACAAGCUUGGCAGGAAGGGGAGGAGGGGGAAGCAGUGUCACUCCUCUCUCCCACUUCACCUCCCCUGCUGGCGCUCUGCCUGCUGCUAUGGCUGCCACCACCACUGUCAUGGGCAGCGGUGCUGUUGCCUUGGGCGCUGCUGGUCCUGGCAUGGGUGCUGGCGGUGCUGGCAUGGGUUCUAGCACGGGUGGAGCAGCCAUCCACAGCAAGGGCGCCACUCCUACUGCCACUGCUGCUGCUGCCACCCCUGCUGCAGCUGCGGCUGCUGCUUCUGCUGCUGCUCCUCAGAAGCCCAAGGCUCGCCCAAAGAAAGUAUCAGCAGCUGCAGCGGCAGCAGCAGCAGCAGCAGUUGCAGCAGCAGCGGGGACAGGGGCAGGAGCAGGGGAAGGGUCUGCUGCUCAGAAGCCCAAGCCCAAGUCGAAGCCAAAGGUGUCUGCCAAAGCCAGAGCUGCUGCUGCAGCCGCCGCCGCUGCUGCUGCUGCUGCCGCUGCCAACACCAGUGCUGCUGGGGCAGAUGCUCCUGCUGCUUCUGGUGGUGCUGAUGGCGAUGGUGCCGCUGCUGCAAGUGGACCUGGUGCGGGGAGUGCGAGGAGCAGCGGAGGGGGCAGUGAAGGGGAGGCCGCAGGGAAGGCUUUGAAGGGCCUCUCGAGCCCUCGAACGGUCAGUGAGAAGCAGAGCAGUUUUUGGGAUGGGGCUCAGCUGCAGCAGCAGCAGCAGCAGCAGCAGCAGCAGCAGCAGCAGCAGCAGCAGCAGCAGCAGCAGCAGCAGCAGCAAGUGCAUUCGCCACAGCAACUGCAGCAGCUGGCAGCUCACCUGCAAUCCCAGAUGGGUGCUUCACCAGUGGGUGGCAACGCUCCCUCUCCUGGUGCUCCUCUCGGUGUGCAGAAUCAGGUGCGACAGAAACUGCAGCAGCAGCAAAUGCAACAGCAGCAACAGCAGAUGCAACAGCAGCAGCAGCAACAGCAGAUUCAGCAGCAGCAGCAGCAGCAGCAGUUGCAAAGGCAGCAGGGCAUGCGGCAAAGCCAGCAACAGAUGCAGCAUACACAGCAAAUGCAGCAACAGCAGCAAAUGCAGGGGCUAUCAUCCGCUCCCCACAGCAGCCCACCAGCCCCGGUGGAACAGAGACACAUGCCCAGGAUCAAUGCCAUCCUCGCAGAUGCCCUCCCAAAUGAGGGGCUUGCCAGCACAGGGCAUGCAGCAGCAUGGCAUGCAGCAGCAGCAAUACAAUCAGCAGCAGCAGGAGCAGCAGCAGUUGCUGCAGCAGCCGUGGACUGCUGGUUUGGGGCAGCCAGGCGCUUCGAGGCGAGCAGUGGAAUGGCGGGGGCAAUGGGGGGAAUGAGGGGCACUGAAGGGGAAGGCGGGAUGGGGAGAGUGGCGGUGGGCAUGGGAGGCAGUGAAAGGGUUGUAGUGGGGGGAGGUGGUCGUGGAGGUGGUGGUGGUGGUGGUGGUGGUGGUGGUGGUGGUGGUGGUGGUGGUGGUGGUGGUGGUGGUGGUGGUGGUGGUGGUGGUGGUGGUGGUGGUGGUGGUGGUGGUGGUGGUGGAGGUGGUGCAGGCAUGGACGAGUCAGCGAUGUUUGCAGGAGAGGACGAUUACGGAGACCUGCCGUGAUCUGUGCUCUACUCUACUGACAGUCCUACUUAUGGUAGAAAGAACUACAGAAGUAAUAAUUUGACAGGUGUUGCAGGAGAAGUAUAGAAUCUGCAAACACGAACACUUGGAAAACCUCUAAGUGUUAGCCUAGGAUCUGUACUGGAAUGGUAGACUAGUAAGACAGCGGAAGUCUUGUAAAAGAAUGAUAGUCAAGGUUAAAUAACCUGAACACAUGAAC